GGGGUGUGUCCCCGUCAUUUCAUUGAGCUGCAGAAGAAUUAAGAAGACGUCGGAACGCCUCCGCGAGCCGGGCUGCAGUUCCUUUAAAAGGAGCGGGGACGGGAAGUGGAGUCCCCGGCCCGUGACCACCGGUGCCUGAGUGAGGCACACGGCAGACGGCACGGAGAGCGAGUGAGCGAACGAGCGCGUGGGAGAGCGAGCGAGUGAGCGAGCGGAAUGCUGGUCAAAGAGAAGAUCGUCAUCGGCAUUAGUGGUGUGACCAAUGCAGGUAAAACCUCCUUAAGCCUCCGACUUCAAAAGGCACUGCCCAACUGCAAAGUCAUCCACCAAGAUGACUUCUUCAAGCCUCCAGAAGAAGUUGUGGUGGAUUCAAAUGGCUUUUACCAGUAUGACGUCAUCACCGCCUUGAACAUGGACGCGAUGAUGAACGUUGUGAACGCGUGGAUCAAAGACCCCUCUGGAUUCAAGGAAUUGCCUUCUGAGUCCCACAUCACCAGUCAGCCCCUGCAAUACGAUCCCGACGCUCCCCACAUCCUGCUCAUCGAGGGCUUUCUCAUGUACACCUACAGGCCGCUUUUGAACGUGUUCGACCUCCGAUAUUUGCUGACCGUUCCGUUCGACGAAGCCAAGAGGAGACGAAGCACCAGGGUAUACUGCCCCGAGGAUCCUCCCGGUUACUUCGAGGGCCACGUUUGGCCGAUGUACCUCGAGCACAAGGAAGAGAUUCGCAGCCUCGGCGUGGACAUCGAACCUUACUUGGACGGGACGAAUCCCCCGGACGAACUUUUCCGGCUGGCGUACGACGACAUCAGUGCCAAGGUCCGGCGAUUGUCGUCCGGCGUGUAACGGCUUCCAUUGGACUAAACUAAACACUACACUGUUUAUGUUAUCAGGUAGGGUCCAGUGAGCUGUCUAGCUCUUUUUGAGAGCUGCGUUCGCCUCUAAAGCCAUCCGCUGGAUUUCUAACAAUCCACUCAAACACCUGAAAACGAGCCAAUCUUAUUGCUCCUUCUCCACGGUGGGCACACUCUCCCAUCAGCAUUAUUGUAUUGUUACAACUUUUAAAACUAAACGAUACACUUUUUAUUUUACCAGCUAAGGCCCACUGAGCUGUGUGGCUCUUUAUUUUAAAGAUUGGCGUUCGCCUCUAAAGCCAUCCGCUGGAUUUCUAACUAAGACGUCAACUGAUGAUUACUACCCAAUUCAGCGAUGCCGCCACGGUUAUGUACAGCUCGUUUGCUUCUCCUGGCGCAGCAGUUGAAACAAUACGGAGUAUUUUUUUUGUUAUUCCACCCCCCGCUUCUGCCCGCACCUCCGCUUAGCACGGUUGGCCACGCACAGUGCGAAAGAAGCUCAA